GUCAAAGUACAGAAGCUGUGGGUUUCUUUCCUUUCGUCUAAUAAGUUGUUCGUCUUCAUCUUCACGAAACUAAAUCUGAAAACAUUCAUUCAUUCAUUCAUUCCAAUGACUUCCCAGAAAACAUCAACAAUACACUAACAAAACAAUCCAUUUCCUCGGGUUCAGCUCCCCUUUCAUUAUUAUAUACUCUCUCUCUCUCUCUCUCUCUCUUUUUCUGUACUCGGCGGCACAUCGUCUAAAAUCUCAACGUCCACGAACUCUUCAAGGUUCUUCUUCUCGACCCACUCUCUUGUUUUCUUUAAUUUUCAGCAAGUCCUUUGCGGAGUUUCCACGUCUGUACUAAGACUAUAGUUUAAUCCUCUGAGAAUCAGUUUUGUACGGUAUCUUGUGAUUCAACAGCCUAAAGUAGAGGCUCAACUUUUGGAAUUCAGUAGGAAGAACUCAAUCACAUCCUUUUGCAGAGAAUUUCCGUUCAAAAAGGGGAACCAGAGGUUGCUGACCUUUAGGACUGCCAUUCUCGACGUUUUUGUGGGGUAUAGUUAUAUAUAUAUAUAUGUGAUUCUUGCGGUGAGAACACAUGCUAAGGUAUUGCGAUGGGGUCUGCAAACAUGGAGAAGAAAUGGGUGUUUCCUCUUUGUAUCAGCUCACUCAUAUGUAUCUUCCUUCUUGCGACCUCGUUUAAUAUGGGCCUGCUUUCUUCGCUACAAAUCAAUUCAAUUUUCUCAAUCUUUCCAUCCCGGCUUGCGUCGAAUCAAACGAGCUCGUAUUUUGCUGAAGCAAAAGUUAGGCAAUCUCCACCUCCUUCUAGUGGUCCUUCUGUUCCACGUUUUGCGUAUCUGAUAUCCGGUUCAAGAGGUGAUCUAGAAAAGCUAUGGAGGACGUUGCAAGCACUGUAUCAUCCACGCAACUACUAUGUUGUCCAUCUAGACCUAGAAUCCCCGGCAAUAGAGAGGCUAGAGCUGGCCUCCAGAGUAAAGAAAGAUCCGAUUUUUGUGCAGGUUGGGAAUGUCCACAUGAUUUCCAAAGCUAAUAUGGUUACUUAUCGAGGGCCCACAAUGGUUGCUAAUACCCUUCACGCCUGUGCCAUUCUUCUCAAGAAGCACGCGGAUUGGGAUUGGUUUAUCAACCUCAGUGCCUCAGAUUAUCCCUUAGUGACUCAAGACGAUCUUCUUUACACAUUCUCUGGUUUAAAGCGAGAGUUAAACUUCAUUGAGCAUACAAGCCGGCUAGGCUGGAAGGCGGGUCAACGGGCGAUGCCAUUGAUUAUAGACCCUGGCCUCUUUCAGAAUACCAAGAAAGACAUAUUUUGGGUAACUCCACGGAGAGAAUUGCCCACCGCCUUUAGACUCUUUACUGGUUCAGCAUGGAUGAUCCUCGCAAGGCCAUUUGUGGAGUACUGCAUAUGGGGGUGGGAUAAUCUUCCCAGGACCCUACUUAUGUACUACUCGAAUUUUGUCUCGUCUCCCGAAGGAUACUUUCAGACUGUCGUAUGUAACGCCCCGGAAUUUGUACCAACCGUGGUCAAUAGUGACAUGCAUUAUAUUUCUUGGGAUGUUCCUCCUAAGCAGCACCCGCACACUCUCAGCCUGAAUGAUACGGGCAAGAUGGUCGAGAGCUCUGCUGCCUUUGCUCGGAAAUUCAGGAGGAACGAUCCUGUAUUGGAUAAGAUUGAUGCGGAAUUGCUUCACAGACGAAAUGGUAGCUUCACCCCGGGCGGUUGGUGUGCUGGAGACCCUCUUUGCUCCAAGGUUGGAAAUCCCUCCGAACUUAAACCGGGUCCUGGGGCGAAAAGGAUCGGGCGUCUUGUAGGUAAACUAGUUUUGUCAGCAAAGUUAAAUCAAAAUCAGUGUAAUUAGAAUAGUGGUGUAUUAAUCUUGUGUGUUGAUUGAAAAUGAAAAGUGGGAUUGGGAAGUCUGUUCAUGGAAGCUCAAUAAUAUCAGUCAGGGAAAUUUGAAGAA